UUAACUAAUCAAUAGUGUACAGCAGGCUGUUACAUAACUAGAUUUACUAAUGUUGAUUUUUGCCAUUUUAUAUUGUAUAGUACAGUUAAUGAAAGGUUCAUUUUAAAAUGUGUAUCCGGUGUUGAAAUAAUCUAUUUAUUAAUGGUGAGGCGUUCCCGAACCGUGUCAUGUUGAAAACAUCAAGUCAGUUGAUACUUUUGUUUAAUGGUUUAAUGUUUCAUUAACAAAAGUUGCAUAGUAACAGCUGACUAUCGUUACAUGAACACGGUGUCAGCAGUGUCAGAGGCCAGAGUUAUGUCACUCGACGUUGAGCCCGUGUGGGUGAGAUAAUGGAAGUGAUAGUUUUAUUUAUUUACAUCACUUCCGCCGUCAUCGGCCCCGGCGACUGCCGAGCCGAGCGCCGACUAGUCUCGUCUCUCAUUGUAGUGUGCUAGUGCUAGUAGCUUUCACAUUCUCCGCGCGGGGGCAGCACCAGACAGAACACAUGUUUCCGUUAUAUGACGAUAGGUUGCGUUGCUCCGCACCGCUAUCUGGUUAUCAACUAAAUGCAUUACAUGUUCAAUCUAGUAGAGGUGUAUAGUCAAUGAUAUGUGGGCUAUAAUAAGAAUUGUUGAAGACUCGACAUAUGCCGUUGUACCUGUUUCAUGGCUAGUGGAUGACAAUACAUGCUAUUAUCCAGAUGUCGAUAGCAAAACUUUGAAUCUACUUGUGGCCAGAGCCCAGGAACCUGGGACGAAUUGGGAUGUGGUCCUGAUUGAGUUAAUGGAUAAAAACAUUGAUAGCUUUGAAUAUUGCAUGUCAAUCAUUGCCUGCCUCAAGAAAGGUGUGACAUCAGAAAAUGAAAAAGCAAUGAGCAAACGGAAGAAGUCUUCAUCCAUGAAUUCAGAAAGAAGUGAUGACGAAUCAGACUCUUCUUUAGAUGACAUUCAAUCGUUUAAAAAAAUCCAAACGCCGAAAAAAACUCGAACAAUCACCUCAAAACUCGAACCACUUUCCCCAGUGCAAAGUUCUCCUAUCAUUUCGCCUGCUGCGGCUUUAAGGCCUUCAACAGAACAGGUAGAAGUGUGUUCUACCCAAGAGUCAUCCUGCAGACUGCCCAAACAAAGUGAACAUUACUGUGUCUUCAAGUCAAAGGAACAGGUUACAUUGGAGGCAAUAGGGCAUGCUCUCUGUGUAAUAACACGAAAACUUGAAGUUCAGGAAAAUAACUCGUCAUUUCUUAAAGAAGAACUUCGAGCUAUCAGACAGGCUAUUGAAGUAAAAGAAAGAGUUCAAGAUGUCCCGAAUGAACAACUUCAAAACCAUGAAGAAUUAUUUCAAGAACUGCCACUCAAUUCAGUUGAAGAGGUGGAUUUGUUUGAAGAGCAAUUGAAAAGGAAAGAUCUCUUUCAAGCUUGUAUGACAAAUGAUUAUGCCAUUUGCAAGUUACAAGGAGAUGGUGAUGAAAUUGUUAACAUAUGUUCAAAAUGGCUGGUGGACGAGAGUAAUACAUGGUACCCUCCAAAAAGUUAUUACCCUUUCCUGAAAAGGUUGCUGAAGAGGAAGUCAACACCAAGUGAUACAUGGGUCCAAUAUCCAGUGACAGUGAUUUCAUACCAUGGUACUUUUGAGCAAGCAGAGGAAAAGCUGAGAGAAGCCUACGACAUCUCCAAUUCAGGGGGAACAACCAAUUCAAGGAAUGCGGGGAAGAGAAAACAUCUCUCGACGGUGUUUCAUUUUCCAUUUGGUGGCAGCUCUUCAGGAGAGGAAAAUAAUCCCCCUCCAGUGAAAAAGAGCAUGAACACCAGCAGUGGAUAUACACCUAGGCCUUCUCUCGACUGUUCGCCACUAUCUCCUGCAACACCCAUCGACAGUCCAGUUCACACCAGCCAAUCCCCUAACAACCUACCCCCGGUCAACUCUAUUUUUGAAUCCAAUACGCAAGAAAACGUCAACCAACUACUACAGUGUCCAUCACAAGAUGAAGAUAAUUCCCUCAUCAAAAUUCAAUCAACAUUAGAUGAUGUGGCGGCCGAACUAAAAUGCGUAAUGGAGAGGCUGGACCAGUUGACUACCCUGGUCUUACAAAACCUGGUUGCUGAGGACAAUAGUCGAAUCGUCAGCCUGACAGACGCAUUUGGAAGUUUACCACUGAAUGAGAUGAUGACAUUCGAACAGUUUGAGGAAGAACUUGACAACCAAAAAGAAACACAGUUGGUUGAUUUGCUGAGCUGCUUGGGUGGAAGGGACCUACAACACUGCAUCCACCACAUGCUGCGGAGGGUGAUGAUUGACCAGCUAGCAACCAAAUUUUCUUAUUCAGGAAAAACCAUGGCAGCAAAACAUCAAAGCAAGGCAGAGUUUAGGAGGACUAAGCUAUACAAAUGCAUCGUUGCUGCUGCACAGAAGGUUUUUGGGACCAUGGAGGCAUCAGAAGCCAAUGUAGCCAACGUUAUUUCAAAGUGGCUUCAACAGGCCAAGUGCAGGGUGGAAAGAAGAGCGAAAAAACCUGCUGUUAGAAUGGAUGAAAGUCAUGAGGAGCUUCCAUUGCUGAAUGAAGUUCCAUCGUAGUAAAAUUAACUAACUUUAAGUUUAAAGGAAUGUAAAUAAAAAUCUGUUGUCACAAAU